AUGGUAGGGACGUCUUCCCCUGCACCUUCGGCCCUUUUACGCCUACCCCCCAAUAUCCGACGUGACAUCUACCUUCUCAUUGGAGUAACAUCACCAGAUGGCGAACCGUUGGUUUACAACUUGCGUGGGCGCAAAGCGGCGGAAAGCCAGCCUCCUACCGACUGGUAUGGCCUGCUCCUGUCCUGCCGCGCCAUGUAUCUGGAGAUAUCCGCUCUCUUGUAUUCCGCCAACUCUUUCAUCAUCCACUACACCGUACAGCGAUCUCUCAGACCCUUACGCGCCCUGACGCCAGCGUCUUUGGCCGCGAUCACCAACUUGGAAGUUGUCAUCAAGGAAAGCCCCCUGUUUCCAUCCAGAAACCGACCUCCAACCCAAAGGGGUCCUCGGGACCCUGCUCGACGUGAAGAGGAAACAGGUCUCAAUAUCGCACUGUCACACAAUAAGUUCAAGGAAACCAGCGCGGUGGUUACGGAGUGGGUCAACGCCGCCAACACAAUAUUUCCUUGCAUCACACCCGGUCGUGUAAAUUUCAACCUCGUAUGCGAUAUCAGAAAACAACAUCAUAUCCGGGCGAUAAGCGUAGCGAGCCGCGUUGUUUCGCCGCUGGAAGGGAUAUCCUUUAAAAACUGCCACAUUCGGCUGGCCGAAUCACGGAUACCCGAGAUUCGUCAGGUCGCCCGAAACGCGGCCUUGGGGACCCUCCGUCGUCCGGCUAGAGAGAGGUCGAAACCGCCGUCAUCAACCUCGCGACUCCUCACCUUGCCUCGCGAGCUUCGUCUUUGUAUCUUAGAAUACACUGAUCUCAUUACCCCGUGGAAGGAAGUGUCGUGGAGCCGGCAAUCUUCACGGUACUCGGUAUUUCAUACUCCAUGCGCUGAGCUCGAGGGCCACCAAAGCCGGCCCGACAUUCACCAUGGCUGCCAGUUCCGGCGCUGCUGGCUCAACGGCGACCCCCUUUAUGCCAAAAGGUUUUGCCAGUCGGUUCGUGCUGCCUUCUCCUCUUCGUGUCGAUGUUGGACCUGCCCCGGCCCCAACUUAUUCCUCAUUUGCCGUACGUUGUGCAACGACGCGCAAUUUGUGUUUUUCUCGGGGAAUCGAUUCGUUGUCCACGAUUAUUAUGACAUGAAGCCUAGCCAAACGCCAAUGCCACGCUUGAGGCAGGGGAGCCGGAGGCGUAAGGAACCCGUCACUCAUUAUCUAUACGAGCGCUUCGCGGCGGCCUUUUUCUUAGAAGAGGUCGUCCCCGCCCACUGCCUUGCCUAUCUCCGCUUCCUAGACAUCGUCUUUCCGCCAUAUGCGUACUAUCUCUGGCCAAAACCCAACCACCUGGCGCUUGUCGAUUGGGAGGCUACCAUCGGCCGACUCGCCGCCAACUUUAACCUUCCCAGCCUCACAAUCCGACUGACUGUGGCACAGCCCCAGUCUCCCGUUGACUACUCGAACGAAUACGAGAAAAUCGCCCGCUACCGCGUCACCAAAACUCGCGGUGAAGCCCAACUUGCGGCCUACGCGCAGGUUAUGCGUCCGCUCAAAAGGCUGGCUAUUGGUCCUGAUGGGCUUGAGAGGUUUUACGCUCACCUGAUGUUCCCAUGGGGAUGGGCAUAUGACGGACGGUCGGGAUCUGUCCCGGCGAUCCGGGAACAAGAGAAAAAGCUAAAACGGGACGCAGAGAAAGACGUCAUGGGGGACCGGUACGAUGACAUGUAUGCACAUGCCAAGGGAGAACCGGCCCAGGCCAUCUGGCACGGCGUCUGGUACGGAAGUAACGGCUUUUUGUCCGUCUAG